AUUUAUCCGGGUAGCUAAGCUUAGGCUUAGCGUAGCCAAACAGGCUUACGCGGAAUCUGAGUGCUGCCCGAAGUCAUUCUCAGUAACUGCUAAUCACUGACACGGUCAGCUAAGCUACCCUCUCUCUCUAAAACCUUUGCCAUUGUCUCCCACAACACACAGUUACAGUUACACCUUACAACUUCAAUGUGAGAGUCAAGAUUCAUUCAUUUAUUUAUAGCCACCGGUUCAGGUGGCGCAGCCAAACCAAACCCACAAGAGGUGAAGAACAAUAACAUCAACCAUUCUUCACCUCUCCUCUCUCCCACCAUAGUAAUGGGUCAGAGCCUAAGUUGCAGUGGCAACCAUGACCACGGCCUCUUCACCGCCGUGCAGCACGGUGACCUUGAAAUUGUCACAACUCUCUUGGACUCCGACCCCUCUCUCUUGCACCAAACCACUCUCUACGAUCGCCACUCUCCUCUUCAUAUUGCCGCUACCAAUGACCAGAUCGAGAUUCUGUCUAAGCUCUUAGAUGGAUCUCUCAAUCCAGAUGUUUUAAAUCGCCACAAACAGACUCCGCUUAUGCUGGCAGCAAUGCAUGGGAACAUCGCGUGUGUGGAGAAGCUUCUUCAAGCCGGAGCUAAUGUUUUGAUGUUUGAUACUAGUUACGGGAGAACCUGCUUACACUAUGCCGCAUACUACGGCCAUUCUUCUUGCCUUAAGGCUAUUCUUUCUUCUGCUCAAUCUAGUCCAGUAUCUGCUUCUUGGGGGUUUUCUCGGUUUGUGAAUAUUAGAGAUGGAAAAGGUGCAACGCCAUUGCACUUGGCAGCUCGUCAGAGACGGUCUGAAUGUGUACAUAUUCUAUUAGACAGUGGUGCUCUUGUUUGUGCUUCAACUGGUGGAUAUGGCUGUCCUGGGAGCACUCCUCUACAUCUAGCAGCUAGAGGGGGAUCUAUAGAUUGCAUUCGUGAAUUGUUGGCAUGGGGUGCUGAUCGUCUUCAACGCGAUGCAUCUGGGCGGAUACCAUAUAUGGUUGCUCUGAAACACAAACAUGGAGCCUGUGCAUCAUUGCUAAAUCCUACAUCUGCAGAACCUCUUGUCUGGCCGUCUCCAUUGAAGUUCAUCAGUGAGCUUAAUCCUGAAGCCAAAGCUUUAUUAGAGCAGGCAUUGAUGGAUGCAAACAGAGAAAGAGAGAAAAACAUAUUGAAAGGGAGUUCUUACUCUCUGCCAUCUCCAUCACAUUCUGAUGGGGUAGCUGAUAAUAUGUCUGAGGUUAGUGAGUCCGAAUUAUGUUGCAUCUGCUUUGAGCAGGUGUGCACAAUUGAAGUUCAGAACUGUGGCCACCAGAUGUGUGCACAAUGCACACUAGCCCUGUGUUGCCACAACAAGCCCAACCCUGCCACUGCCUGUCUUACUCCACCAGUUUGUCCAUUUUGUCGGAGCACGAUAACAAGACUCGUUGUUGUGAAGACAGAAUGCCACGAUGAAACUGAUCAAGACAGUGCUGAUAUCAACUGUUCCAAGCUGAGCAAGUCAUCAAGGAAACUCAGACACUUGAAUGACAGUGGUAGCAGCAGCUUCAAGGGACUAUCUAGUGUUAGUUCAUUCGGGAAGUUGGGUAGCCGCAGCUCUGGAAGGAUUGCUGCUGAGUGGCUUGAUAAACAGUGAUGGCAAAUUACUUGUGGUAAUCAAUGAUUCCAUAUUGGCAAGAUACGGUAACUACAGAGGUGCUUAACCGGCAAGGCAAAAAUCAAAGUUGAAAACAGGUGAAGGAAUAUUAUGUAAUUUUGGGAAAUAAGCAAAAGUGAGUUGAAGUGAAGUGAAGUUCGCGGUAGGUACCAAGUGUUGUUGGGAAAAAGAGAAGGGGAUGUCAUGUUGUUGUAGUAUUAUUGUUACUUGAGAAUGAAGAAGCAUCACCUGCGUCGAUCGAUGAUUUUGGGCAUCGUCAAUAAUUUUAUUUUAUCAUACGUAUCCCAGUAAAGUGGGAAUAAUUUCUCUCAAAAGUAUAAAUCAAUAAUAUUAAGGGAAAGUGUAUUGCUUAUUUGCAUUAUUUAUUUCUUUGUAUCGAUAAGAUAUAAGAAAUAAGAUACAAAAGAGAAAGACAGAGCCUUUUUGUUGCUUGUCAUGUGAUCAUGUCUCCGUGGGUAAACUAGUUAGUGCACUUGAUCAGGAUCGGAGCAUGCUGGCUAAUAUAUAAAAUAGUAUACUUUUUUUUUU